AGAAUCUUCACUCUUUAUAGUUUCUCCAAAAUUUCGUUGCGCGCCAGAAAUAAUCAUUUGCAUUUUUGUAAAUUCCAAAUAUGCCUUCAACCUUAGAACUUUGUCAAAAAUUCUACGGAACAAAUGAUGUUUACAAGCUAUUCGAAGUGAAAAAGGAUGCUCCAGAAAAAGAGAUUAAAAAGGCAUACUAUAGGCUUUCCUUGAAGGUACAUCCAGAUCGCGUUGAAGAUGAGGAUAAAAAGGAAUGUACCGAAAAGUUCAAGGUUUUAAGCAAAAUCUACUCAGUGUUAUCGGAUCCUGGUAAAAGAGCAUUGUAUAAUGAGAAGGGAAUCAUUGAUGAAGACGACGACGAUUCUCUAUGCAACAUGAUGGCUAUGUGGCAAACAUUUUUCAAACCUAUUUCAACUGAAGACAUAAGCAAUUUCGAAAAAAACUAUGUAGGAUCCAUGCUGGAACGCACCGAUGUAAAGAAGGCGUAUUUGAAUGGCAAAGGCUGCAUAAACUACAUGAUGAACAGCAUUCCGUUUAUGAAAUGCGAAGAUGAGCCACGGAUUGCAGCCAUCGUUCAACAGAUGAUCUCCGAAGGCGAUGUUCCAGAGUAUAAAAUUUUCACUGAGGAGCCAAAUGCAAAGCGCAAUCGCCGUCAUAAGAAAUACGCUAAAGAAGCUCAGGAAGCUUCUGCUAUAAAGGAAGAACUGGCAAAGACUGAAAACGGAAAUGUAUCUCUGGAGCAGCAAAUUAUGUUACGACAAACACAACGCGAGCAAAGGUUUACAUCACUUCUUGAUCGGCUUGCGGAGAAAUAUGGCGAUGGCGAUGAUGAAAUGUUCGAUCUCGAUGAAUAUGUUGCGAAGAAAAAAUCUAAAGCUAGAGCAACGCCUCCAAGGAAGUCAGCACAAAUGAAAAAACGUAAGGUACAGGAAGGUCGAAUCUCGAAGAAGAAGGACUAGUGAUAAAAAUUGAGACAUCGAUUCGUUAUACUGGGAAAUCUACUGUUUGUUUAUCUUACGAAACGAAUAAAAAAUAUCUUAUGCAAUAUUCAUAA